CUCGCACUCGGGUUACAGGGGAUCUUGCAGGGGGGCAGCGUCUGGUUUCGAGUUUCAGCCCUGUUGGCAGGGUGCCGCUUUGCCGGUCGCAAAAGCGUUCAGGUUGCAGUAUAUAACGCGCCAGGUCGUCUCGAAUUGAAUCUAACCAUCAUCACCAUUACACCAAGUCAUCUACUUCAUCACACCUAUUUACGCCUCACAAAGUCCUCACAAUUUCCGACGGCAUCUCACCAACAAACCAACCCACAAUGACAUCCCCACGCAAGACUGUGCUGGUGACUGGCGCCACUGGCAAGCAAGGCGGUGCCCUCAUUGACAACAUCUUGGCCUCCUCCCAGGCCGACUCUUUCAACAUCGUCGCAGUGACCCGCGACGUGACCAGCCGCAAAGCGCAGAAGCUGGCCACUUACCCCAACGUGACCGUCAUCGAGGGCGACAUCUCAAAUGCCGAUGACAUCUUCAACAAGGCUGGACCCGUAUGGGGCGUCUAUAGCGUCCAGAUCAACUCGGACGUGGAGGAGCAACAAGGAAAAGCCAUGGUUGACGCCGCGGUUUUGCAUGGCGCCCAGCACUUUGUUUACUCAUCAGGAGAUCGCGGUGGCCCAGAGAUAUCCCCUCACAAUCCGACCUUUGUCAAGAACUUUGCCGCAAAGUAUGCCAUCGAGAAGCAUCUGGAGCAGCGAGUCGAGAGGCGCCCCCAGCAGAUGACAUUCACCAUCCUUCGGCCAGUCACAUUCUUCGAAAACCUCUCAACAGACAUCCACGGAAAGGGUUUCGCUCGCAUGUGGGAGCAACUUGGCGAUAAGAAGCUGCAGAUGAUCUCGACCAAGGAUAUUGGUUGGUUUGCCGCUCAGAGCUUUCUCCAACCCGACAAGUACAGAAAUGCAGCCUUGACGCUCGUGGGCGAUGAGUUGACGCAGCCCGAGGCCGACCUCAUCUACAGAGAGAUCACGAAGCAACCCAUGCAGAUGGCGGCUUGCCCGAUAGCGAGUGCCGUCAAGUUUGUCUUGAAGGGAUCUGUGGGCGAUAUGUUCAAGUGGUUUGCCAAGGAAGGAUAUGGUGGCGACGUGCAGGAAUGCCGCAAUGAGAAUCCUAAGAUGCAAGAUUUCCGGGCUUGGAUGGAAGAGAACAAGGGACUUUUCAUGUAAUGGACGACUAUGUUGGAGUAGAUUUCGGGUUAAUGAUGGAAUUAAUGAACACGGUCUAGCGAGUAUCCUACUAUUUAACUGUACAAGUCAAA